CCGUCCAGAGUUAUUUAUCAUCUGCUUAUCAAUAUUAACAUUUCCAGGGAUGUUGCUGCACGAAAUUGUUUGAUUGGUGUAAGCGGUUCAUUAAAAUUGUCCGAUUUUGGCUUGAGUAAGCCACUGGAAGAGCUAAAAAGAACAAACAUUGACGAUGAGAAUAUAGCGUGGCCGAUUCCGUGGAUGGCGCCCGAAACACUUUCAAAGAGACCUAAAUUCACGACCAAAAGUGACGUAUAUGCAUUUGGAGUACUCAUAUAUGAGGUUUAUUCAUGCGGUGGUAAACCAUGGCCUAAUGUUGCAGCAGCAGAAGAGAUCAUUCCUAUUGUGCGGAAAGGAAAAAUGAUGGCAACACCACCUUUACUGAAUGAAAAAAGCGUGGAAGAUGCUAUGCGUGAUUGCUGGAAACGUAAGCCAGUGGAUAGACCGGACUUUGUGGAGCUUGUUAAACGGUUUCGUAUAAUCCUUCGCGCGCAAAAGGUAUUUUCUGGAAAAAGCGAAACAAGCAUUCAAAAUAAUACUCGUUACGCAAAACAGGAAUUUAAUUUGUUUUCAACUUGA